AUGCUUCAAACAAUUCCCAUGCCAAGCCGGGAGCUGACUAUAGCUUUAGCUGUGCUCUCUCUGCUUAUAGUCCUGGUGCAAAGAGCAGGAUCAAGGCGCCGGGAGACUAAGCAACUUCUUCCUCUUCCCCCUUCACCUCCUUGCACAAAUAUUAUCGCUGGCCAUCUUCCCACCGUCCUGAAAGCAGCCAAGGAACAUCGCCAGCACCUUCUUUUCCAAAAGUGGGCCGAGGAAUACGGCGAGGUGUUUUUCGUUCAGCUCGGCACUAUCCAGGAGUGCUUUAUCAAUAGUGACCAAGCUGUCAGAGCAAUCUUCGACAAGGCUGCGGCCCAAACAUCUGAGCGACCGCGUUGGAUUGUCAGUAACGAGCAGAUAUGCAACCGACUCAACCUUCUCCUUCUUAGCUCCAGUGAAAAAUCAUGGAAAAGUCAACGAAAGGCCACAACCUUUGGGCUGACCAACUUAAAUCUCGCUGAUGCUGGUCUUCCAUUUCUUCAUUUCGAAACGUUGAAGUUCCUGAAUGAUAUUGCUCAAAAUCCCAACAAAGGCGCCGAUCCGCAGUCUCUAUGGUCGAGCAUUGGUCGCUAUACAUAUAGCACAUUCUCGUCCCAGAUCUUUGGCCUGGAUGUCCCCGAAGACAAUAGCCCUGUCAUCGACUACAUAUUCGAAACAGGUCUAGCCCAGAUUCUUGGUAUGCUCCCUGGCUACUAUCUAGUUGACACUUUCAACAUUCUUGACAAGCUACCACUAUUUCUGAAACCGUGGGAAAGGGAUGCAAAGGCCAGGCACAAGCGUGACUAUGAGUGGUGUUGUGAUAAACUGAAGAAAGUAAAGUCACAAAUUGAUGCUGGAGAGGCUCCGCCGCAUAUGACUUUCAUCCGAAGGGUCAUCGAAGACCCAAACCAUCUGGGACUGGACAGCCUCGAAGAUGCCUCGUACCUGGGCAUGAUGCUAAUAAUCGGGGCUUCAGAUACUAGUCGGAUAUCGACUUGGUCAUUCCUUGAGGCUAUGUUAACGUUUCCAGAUGUCUGCAAUAAAGCGAGAAAGGUAAUUGAUUCGGCUGUUGGAGAUAGGGUUCCCGUUUUCGAAGAUCUGGAACGUGUGCCAUAUAUUCGUCAGGUCAUGAAGGAAUCUUGGAGAUGGCGCCCUCCUGUUGCCCUGGGCCAUCCCCAUACGACCACUCGAGAUAUAAUGUAUAAGAACUACCGCAUUCCAAAGGGGGCGAGGAUACAUUUGAAUGCUUGGGCAAUUCAUCGAGACUCGACACGCUAUCCGGAUCCCGAAAAUUUCAUACCUGAGCGUUUUGAGGGCGACACAAGAUCGGUGAGAAAUAGCGAGGGCUCCAAGGUAGUUGAUUAUAUGCUGACUAGCCAUCAGAGCCAGGAGAGCGCUGCAUCCCCUGACGUUUCCAAAAGAGACCACUUUGUCUUUGGAGCUGGACGUCGCAUUUGUCCCGGUUACCACGUUGCGGAUAGAAGCUUUGCUGUCAGUGUUAUGCGUAUUCUUUGGGCUUUCGAUAUUAGUUUGAAGCCUGGAACAAAGCUUCCUCUUGACCCUCAAAGCUUUCCAGGCGAUAUGCCAGGUAACCCUGGGCUUGAAUUGCCUGUCGUAUUGACUGUCAGGAGCCCUGAAAGACUGGCGACUAUACAGAAGGAAUUCGAGGCAGCUGUUCAGAGCCGGGAAAGGAUGGAGCCAUUGGCGGGCUAA